AUGGUCGCGACGGUGGUUGGUGCCUGGUUCUUAGGAAGACGGCACCCCCUAUGGCUGCGUUUUGUUGGAUCUAGCCUUGGAAUGGGUGAAGAGGCUCCUGAGUUUCGCGUUGACCGCAUCACCUUGGGGUCCAAGGAUUGCCAACAGAAUGCCAUAGUUGUUGGCGAUAAGACAUAUGUAAUUGGCAGAACAGAUGAUGACUCAAAGUCAACCUUUGGCAUUAAAAUUCUGGACAAACUAACUCAGACUUGGAUUGUGCCGACAGUACUUGGAGCACAGCCUCCAUCCAAGUCGCACUCAGCAAUUCUUGUAAAUGAGGAGAAGAUAUUGGUUGUUGAGAAGGGCAUUUCCUUGAAUGAUUCCAUCUGGUUCCUUGAGAUAGAUACCCCCUUUGUUAAACAACAGCGGAAAAUCAAGGGUUCAGAAGUUGUUUCCUGGAGCAAGGGAGUACUUGGCGUUGCCCAAAAACCAGUUGUGAUUAGUGGGCCAUCUGGUGUUGGUAAAGGGACGCUGAUAGCAAAAUUGAUGAAAGAGUACCCAUUGAAAUUUGGGUUCUCUGUUAGCCACACUACAAGGUCUCCAAGGGUGAAGGAAAUAGAUGGUGUCCACUACCAUUUUGCUGGAAGAAGCAAGAUGGAACAAGACAUAAGUGAGGGGGAAUUCCUUGAAUUUGCUCAUGUUCAUGGAAAUCUCUAUGGGACGAGUAUUGAAGCAGUUGAAUCUGUUACUGACGAGGGGAAGAGGUGCAUUCUCGACAUUGAUGUCCAAGGAGCACGAUCUGUGAGGGCUUCUUCUCUUGAAGCAAAAUUCAUCUUUGUAUGCCCUCCGUCAUUCGAGGAACUAGAGAAGCGCCUUCGGGCACGGGGCACAGAAACAGAGGAACAAAUCCAAAAGCGUCUAAGGAAUGCUCGUGCUGAGCUUGACCAGUCCAAUUCACCAGGUCUUUUUGAUCAUCUUUUGGUGAAUGAUAACCUUGAAUCAUGCUAUGAGAAUUUGAAGAAGUUGCUUUCACUGGAUGAUGACCACAAAGAUUCAGAUGGUUGUUUCAUCGAGGAUGGGAAAGCAACUGCAUGUUAUUCUAUCCUGUCCAAAACAGAGUCAGAAGUUUUUUUGCAAUCUGAAACUGGCGAAGUAGUAAAAGGAGCUGCAAGCUUGCUGGCGGUCGACUUAUCCUCUCUCACAGGUGGUGCUCCUGGACGAACAAGAGGUCUUAAGAUACACUCAAUUAACUCAAUUGACAAUGGUCUGAAGGGCAUUAGAUAA